AUGGCAAUUGUUUGCACCUUACAACUUUAUUGGACUACUAAAGUACAUGAGUGUCUUACUCUAUUUAACUUUAAAGCUCUGAAUUCUUUAUAUUCAAAAUAUAUUAAUCAUUUAAAUAGCUUAAUUGGUGAAUUAAAAAAUUAUUCAAUAAAAAGAUUGAGAAAUUUGUUAUUAAUUGACAAAAAUAUUACCAAACUUACUGAUUUUGAGUGGAUUGCACAAUUACAAUAUUAUUUAGUAGAAGAUAACAUAAAAGUAUCAAUUUUUAAUACAACUUUAAAUUAUGGAUAUGAAUAUAGCUAUCACAAACAACAUUUAGUAAAUACUCCUUUAACAAAUAGAUGUUUUCAUAUUCUUAUGCAAGCAUAUGAAUAUCAUUUAUAUGGUGCUAUUACAGGACCACCUGCUACAGGAAAAUCAGAAACUAUUAAAAGUUUGGCUGAAGCUUUUGCAAUACAGUUUCGUUCUUUUAAUUGUAGUAAUACAUUAUCUUAUAAUUUCAUAACUCAAAUAUUUAAAGGAUUUAUUUCUUGCGGAGCAUGGCUUUGUUUUGAAAAUUUUAAUACAUUAAAAAUUGAUCUCCUAUCAAGACUUGCACAAAUUCUUACUUCCGUUUUUUAUAUUAUAGCAACAAAUUUAAAAAUCACAAUGUUUGAAGGUUCCUCAUUAAGAAUAAAUCAAAUUGGACAUAUUUGUAUCAUUACAAAAUUUAGUCUAUUUAAAUGCCCUAAUAUACCUGAUAACUUGAAAAUAUUAUUUAGAACAGUAACUAUGAUAGUACCAGAUAUGAAUAAAAUUGUAGAAGUUGAAUUUUUUGCUGGUGGUAUAUCUAAUUCAAAGUUGUUAACUUCAAAAUUAAUUUCAUUGUACAAAAUACUAUCUGAACAAUUGUGGUGUCAGUCAUGUAAUAUUUUUAAUUUAUAUUCUAUGAAAACAAUUGUUAAAACUACAAUCUAUUUAAAGAGAAGUUUUCCAAAUCAAAAUGAAACUGUAUUACUUUUACGUUCGUUAAUUGAUGUUAAUCUUCCGAAACUCUGUAAUAUAGAUACACAUAUUUUUAGAAAUAUAGUUCAUGAUAUGUUCCCAAAUGUUACCCUGUUGCCUUCUGAUUAUACAGUAUUUUUAGAAACUCUUGAAACAAUAUGUACAUCUAAAUCUAUCUAUAUCCAUGAUAUAUUUAAACUUAAAAUUAUACAAAUAUUUGAAUUAAUGCACAUUCAUCAAUGUUUAAUACUUGUUGGUGAUCCAUUUGUUGGGAAAACAGAAAUAUUAAAUAUUCUUCAAGUUAUUUUGAUGUCCUUACACAAACAAGGCAGUGAAUUUGGUGUUAACAUACACUUAGACGCAAUAGUUCCAAGUACAAUUAAUGAUGCUUUAACAGAAAGUACUGAAGAUAAGGGAAAAACAACCCAUUUUUUAAUAUGGGCACAAGCUGCUCUUAUAUUAUCUGUAAUAUGGGGGAUGGGAGGAAAUUUAGAUAUAGAUUCUCAUAUUAAAUUUAAUUCUUUCUGUACUUCACUUUGGUCUGGUAUAAACAAAGAACAUCCAAGGCCAGAAGUAAUAAAAGGUUUUGAAAUAACACUACCUCAUGAGGGUUUAAUACAGGACAAUUUUUAUAUUUUCAAAGGCGUUGGAAAUUGGAAAUAUUGGGGAAGUGCUGAUAUAUUAAAGAGUGAACAAAUAUUAGAAAAUUCUGAUAAUGAUCUCAAUGUAGAAAGAGUUGAAUGUAGAUCAGAAAUUAAUACUAUUCUAGAACUUAUUCGCCAAUAUCAUAGUUAUGGUUACUUCUAUGAUAUUAAUGAAUCUGAAAAGAUUUUUAUUCAUAAUACCAUGUUUUCAAUUGCAGUUAGUACUACAAUUAAAAUGUGUCCUAGAUUUUUAAGACAUUUUAAUCUAUAUAACAUUACUGUAACUAGUAUAACUAAUGCUACAAUUGAUAUAUAUAAUUCUGUAAUUAAAGUUUUACGACCAGUACCGACUAAAUUUCAAUAUCAAUUUAGUAUAAGAGAUAUAAGCAGAAUUAUUGAGGGAUGUAGUCUUCUUCAAAAAGAAUCGGUAGAAACUAAAGUCACUUUCAUGCGAAUUUGGGCGCAUGAAAUAUGGCGUGUCUUUGGAAGCAAUUUAUUAAUAAUCUCUAGCAUGGGAUCUGGCAGAAAAUCCUUAGCAAGUUUAGCUGCUUAUAUCCAACAGCAAGAAUUAUUUGAACCUUCUGUACAAUCUUAUUGUGACUUUAACAUGUGGAGAAAAGAUAUAAAAAUGACAUUUGUUGUUUAUUGGCUACUGGAGAAAUAUCUGAUUUAUUUUCUGCUGAAGAAAAGUGUAAUAUUAUUGAAACAAUACGUUUGCAUGCUCAAGAUGGCAAUAAAAAUGAAGAAAUCAGUAAUGAUGCUAGAUGUAAACAAAAAUAUAAGAUCAUAUUUAUAUAAAUAUCCAGAAUUAAUAAAAUACUGUACAGUAAAUUGGUAUGAAAUGUGGCCAACAGAUACAUUUCUACAGGUAGGUUUGAAAUACAUUCAGGAUACUAAUAUUGAAGAAAAUGUAAAAAUAAAUGUAAUAAAAGUUUGUAUACAAUUACAUAAUCAUAUGCAAAAAAUAAGCACUGAAUAUUAUAAAGAAAGUAAUACAAAAAUUCAUGUUACAUUAACUGCAUAUCUACACAUGUUAAAGUUAUAUGUUUAUUUGUUAUGUAAAAAACAGAAAGAUAUUACUACAUUGAAAAACAGAUACUUGACAGGUUUAGAAAAAUUAGAAUUAGCAGCUCAACAAGUAGAAAAUAUGAAAGCUACAUUGACAAUGUUGAAACCACAAUUAGAGUUAUCUGCUCAAAAAACAAUAAUUACAAUGAAAGAGGUAGAGAAUGAAAACAUUAGUAUAGAAAAAGCAACUGCUGUCGUACAACGAGAAGAAGAAAUAGCAAAUAAGAAAACAGAAAUUGCUGGAAAAUUAAAAUUGGAAUGUGAAGCUGAUCUAGCUGUAGCAAUUCCGAUUUUAGAAGAUGCUGUUGCAGCAUUAAAUACAUUAAAACCUACAGAUAUUACAUUGGUUAAAGCUAUGAAAAAUCCUCCUGACACGGUCAAGCUCGUAAUGGCGGCAAUAUGUGUAAUGCUUGAUGUUCCCCCAGAUAGAACUGUUGAUUCAGUUACUGGUAAGAAAUAUACUGAUUACUGGGGUCCAAGCAAACGUAUUUUAAGUGAUAUGAACUUUUUACAAAUCUUAAAAGACUAUGAUAAAGACAAUAUCCCAUCUAAUAUUAUACAAAUUAUUAAGAAAACAUACAUAAUGGAUAACAAUUUUAAACCACAUAUUGUUGCCAAAGCAUCAAGUGCUGCAGAAGGCCUUUGUAAGUGGGUACGUGCAAUGGUAUCCUAUGAUGAAGUGGCAAAAGCAGUUGCUCCUAAAAAAGAGAAAUUACUUAUUGCACAAAAUGAAUGUAAUCAAGCUGAAACAUUUUUAAAUGAAAAACGAAAAACUCUUUCUUCAUUAAAUAUUAAACUUGCUGCUUUGAAUAACUGUCUUCAAGAAACACUACAACAAAAAGUGAAACUAGAGCAAGAAGUAGAAGACUGUACUAUUAAACUUUAUAAAGCAAAAACUUUAAUAGCAAGUUUAGGAGGAGAAAAAAAUCGUUGGUUGGAAGUUGCAGAAAAUUUUAAAAGAAAUUAUGAUAAUCUUGUAGGAGAUAUGAUAUUAACAUGUGGGAUUGUAAGUUAUAUAGCAUCAUAUAAUAUUAUAUUUCGUAAUAAAAUUUUAGAACAAUGGAAGCAAUAUAUAGAAGUUCUAAACAUAUCAUAUAGUAAAGAUUAUAAUUUAAUAAAUAUGCUUGGAGAAGAAAAUGAUAUAAAUUAUUGGUAUUUCUCUGGUCUAUCUAAAAAUAGUUUUUUGGUUGAAAAUGCAAUUAUUAUGACUAAUUCCAAACUGUGGUCUUUAUUUAUUGAUUCACAAAAUCAAGCCAAUAGUUGGAUUAAAAAAAUUGAGAAGAAGAAUAAUUUGAAAAUUAUUAAGCUCACUGAUCCUGAUUAUUUAUCAAUUAUUCAAUAUAAUGUUCAAAAUGGUAUACCUACAUUAAUUGAAAAUAUAGGAGAAGAAUUAGAAAUAUCAUUGGAUCCUUUUCUUCUAAAAAAAAUUUAUUAUGAUGGAAAGACUUCGUACUUAGAUAUUGAUCAUGAUGUUAUAAAAUAUUCAUCCGAUUUCCGAUUAUAUAUUACAACACAAAUGCUUAAUCCUCAAUUUUCAUGUGAAGUAUUUAGCAAACUUAUAAUAAUUAAUUUUUCUAUUCCAAAUGAAGCUCUCCAAGAUAGACUUCUUGAUUUUAUUAUUUACAAGGAAAAGCCAGAACUUCAGGAAAAGUUUGAAAUUUUACUUAUGGAAGAUGCUAGUAAUAAAAAAAUAUUAAAGCAGCAGGAAGAUAUUGUAUUAAAUAUCUUAUCGUCAACAACAACAAAUAUUCUUGAAGAUGAAAUUGCUAUAAGAAGUUUAGAUUCUUCCAAAAAUUUUUCUUUAAACAUUAUUAAGAAACAAGAAAUAACAAAAGUAACAUCGCAAGAAAUAAAUAAAUUUCGAAAUGCUUAUGUGAAUUUUGUUAAAUAUUGUGCAGAUUUAUUCAAUACACUGAAUGUUUUGUCACAUUUAAAUUAUAUGUACCGUUUUUCUUUUUCAUGGUUUAUGCAAUUAUGUAGGAGAUCAAUUGAAAUUUCAAGUAGAAGUUCUAUCAUUGAAAAACGGUUGGAAUAUUUGAAAUUUUCAUUUACUCAAAGUCUUUAUUCAAGCAUUUGCAGAUCUUUAUCAGAAAAACAUAAAAUACUAUAUUCUUUUUUAUUGUGUUCAAAAAUCUUAUUGAAUAAUCAACAAACAACUGAAGAAGAAAUUAAAUAUUUUGUAACACCAAACCCAAGUUAUACUAAUACAAUUCCAAAUUACAAAUAUGAUUGGCUUUCACAAAAUAUUUGGAUGAAUAUUUAUAAUCUCAGUAAAACACUUCCUUCCUUUUAUGAUUUGGCAGAUAAUUUUUGCUUUAAUAAUAAGGCUUGGAAACAAUAUUAUAUUUCCGAAUCACUUGAAGAUCACUUAAUGCCAAAACCUUGGAUUGAUAAGUUAUCUUUAUUUCAGAAACUUAUUCUUGUAAAAAUGUUGCGUCCUGAUCAAAUUAUAAUACAAAUUAUGAAAAUGAUAGAAAAUAUGUUAGGAAAUACACAAAAUUAUUCCCCUAAAAUUAAAAUAUCUCAAUCAUACGCAGAAUCUAAUUACUUAACUCCACUUCUAUUUAUUUUACCUGCUUCUUUAGAACCACUGUCUCUUAUCUCUGCAUAUGCAAAAACUAAAGGCUACUUAUCUAAAUUUGUUUCUCUGUCCAUGAGUAAAGGUGAAGAAGAGAAGGCUGAAUUUCUUAUUAGAAAAGCUCAAAGAGAAGGAGGUUGGAUAUUUUUGCAAAAUUGUCAUUUGACAAUUCAUUGGUUGGCUAAUCUUGAAAAACUUUGUGAAAAUUGUAAUACUUCUAUAUCUUUAGAUUUUCGUUUAUGGUUAUCCAGUUAUUCUAUCAAUGAAUUUCCAAUUAGUAUCUUGCAAAAUAGUAUAAAAAUCAUGCAUGAUUAUCCUUUGAAUAUCAAGGAAGCACUAUUAAAUAUUUAUCAAUCAGAACCUAUAAUAAAUAAAGAAUUUUUCAAUGGCUGCCCUGGGAAAGAUAAAAUUUUUUUAAAACUUCUUUUUGGAAUAUGUCUUUUUCAUGUAGUUAUACAAGAAAGAAAAUAUUUUGGAGUUCAAGGAUGGAAUAUACCAUAUAAAUUUGAUCAUACUGAUCUUCAAAUAUCCAUUAUGCAAUUACAAAAUUUCAUAAACAAUACAGAUCAUGUACCCUUUGAUAUUCUUCUAUAUUUUGUUGGAAAAUGCAAUUAUGGAGGAAAAAUUCAAGAUGAAUUUGAUAGUAAAUGUUUAGAACAUCUUUUAACUGAUUAUUGCAAUCCUAAUAUAAUUAAAAAUGGACAAUGUGUACAUACAGACGACAUACAAGAAUUAAUACCAAAAAGAUGUGAAUAUUACCAUAUAAUUGAUCAUAUUAAGAGGAUUUCAUCAGAUUUAUCAUUUCAAAUUUUUAGGUUUAAUAAGAAUGGAGUUAGUAUUCGUAAUACUACAAUAGCUAGCGAGAUGAUAUUAUCUCUUUCAUAUAUAAAUUCUCCAAUUUCUUUAUUAAAUGAAGAAUUACCACAAGAUCAAGUACUAACUUUAAUUAAUAAUAUUAAUGAUAAGUUAUGUGAUGCAAUCAAAAUUAAUAAAAUUGAAGAAAAAUAUACUUCUAUGCUUAAGGAACCUCUGCAAAGAGUUCUUCUUUAUGAAAUUAAAUCAUUCAAAUAUAUCUUAGAAAUUAUAACGAAGACAUUAAAUAAUUUAAAAUUAGCAUUAGACGGUUAUCUUACUUUUACGGAAUCGCUAAAAGAAUUAGCAAAAAAGAUAUGUGAAAAUAAAAUUCCACAUACUUGGGAAAACAUGCACAUUAAUACUGUUGCUGAAAAUCUGACAGAUUAUAUCGAUAAUUUAUUAAAACAUGCAAGUUUUAUUCAAAAUUGGAUUAAUCAAAGAUACCCAAAAAUUAUUUGGUUUGAUGCAUUAUUUCAUCCUAAAAUGUUUCUUUCUGCAAUAUUAUUAACAUUUUCUAAAAAAUAUAAUAUAUCUAUUGAAGAAAUCAGUUUCGAUUUUGAAAUAGAAACGAAGGAAGAAAUUGACGAAGAAAUUGAUAAUGCGUAUUUAAUUUGCGGAUUGCAUUUAUGUGGUGGUCGAUGGGACUUAAAGAAAAGUAUAUUAGUAGAAAAUUUUACAAAUGAAAUCUGGCAAAAUAUGCCACCUAUACGUCUUAAAUGUUUACAAAAUAAAAAAGAUAUGCAUCAAACUUAUGAAUGCCCAGUUUAUGUAACCAGCGUUAAACAUACAGAUACAGAUGUGAAAUUUUCUUCAAAGAAUUAUAUAAUUAGUAUACCUUUGAAAACUGAUAUACCUGUAACUUAUUGGAUAAAGUGCGGAACAGCUUUAGUUUGUCAUAUAUAAAUUACAUAAAAGAUAUCUAAAUAAAAGCAAUCUUUAUAUAACAUAAGUGUAUAAUUUUUAUAAUAAUAUUUAUUAAUAUG